UAAAUUUCUUGGCCCUGAUUUCCUGGACGGCAGAAAGGUCGUCUACCCACGGCCCACCACAUCGACGCGACCACACAAGCCAUGGAUGCUUCGCUUACCGUCGCCGGCGCCGCCGCCAUGUUUCUGCGGCCGCAAAUCCGCCUUCGAAUAACCCAAUCGAGUCUGCCGCUGCCCCUUCGGCGGCUCCAAUUCGGACCCUCCAAGAUCCAGACCUCCCGCACCCCGGCCCACCUGGCGGCGGCCUCCGCGUCCACGCCACCGGCGGCGGGAGGCGGCCUGUACUCCGCGGAGACCUUCCAGCUGACGGCGGAGAACGUCGACCGCGUCCUCGACGACGUGCGCCCCUACCUCAUCGCCGACGGCGGGGACGUCUCCGUCGCGUCCGUCGAGGACGGCGUCAUCUCCCUCAAGCUCGAAGGAGCGUGCGGCAGCUGCCCCAGCUCGACGACGACGAUGAAGAUGGGCAUCGAGCGCGUGCUCAAGGAGAAGUUCGGCGACGCCGUCAAGGACAUCCGCCAGGUGUUCGAUGACGACCAGCAGCCGGCGGAGACAACGCCACAGGCGGUGAACGGCCACCUGGACAUACUGCGGCCGGCGAUCGCCAACUACGGCGGGAGCGUGGAGGUGGUCGCCGUCGACGGCGAGGACUGCCUAGUGAGGUACGAAGGCCCCGAGUCCAUUGGGAGCGGGAUCAAGGCGGCCAUCAAGGAGAAGUUCCCGGACAUCACCAAUGUGGUGUUCUUGCAGUGAGCUAUCAAGACUCCUUUUUUUCCCUCAUUGGCAUGCGUUAAAAGCACCAUUUUUCUAUGGCUGUAACUGUUCUUGUGCCUGUGAAUUGCUCCGAUGUAUGUUUAGAUGCGAUCUUUACAGUGCUCGCAAACACAUCACA